CUCACUCUGUUUCAGUCACUCGAGGGGAGAUUGGGGCUGAAGCCACACUGCAGUCAGAGACAAAAAGUGAAUCGUCCAUCGAGACCCUCUCACCACAUCUAGUGAUGGGGAGUAUGUGGAGUAUGUUUUUGCUGUGGGCGGGGCUUGUGCACUUUGCCAUCGCUCACACCGACUCCCUUACCUGGCUUAACUACCUGCGCAGUCGAGCCUACAGCUACAGCCCAAAUGGCAACUACUACGCUUCCCUUCACGCACAAGAUGACUCUGAAGCACUAGACUGCCCCCUGGAAUGCGAAUGCCCUCCUGCCUACCCUAACGCCAUGUACUGCAACAACCGCCACCUCCAGCAUGUGCCCUUUGUGCCCUCACGCAUGAAGUACGUGUACCUCCAAAACAACCGGAUCACCGGAAUCACUGAUGGGGUUUUUGACAAUGCCACUGAGCUUGUCUGGAUCAUCCUGCAUAGGAACCAGCUGAGAUCAGACAAAAUCAGCAGCAAGGUCUUUGCCAAGCUGUCCAAACUGGAGCGCCUGUUCUUGCAGCACAACAAACUUGAGCACAUCCCAGAAGGACUACCUCAUGGCCUUCAGGACCUGCGCUUGGACCACAAUGCCAUCACUUCCGUGCUUCCUGGGUUCUUGCGUGGAAUGAACGAUCUAAAAGCUUUGCAUCUCCAUUAUAAUGCCAUUCAGGAUCUCGGCGACACUGUAGAGUCACUGGCCUCUCUCGGCUUUCUGGAUUUACGUGGGAAUCAGUUAUCAGAGAUUCCCAAGAACCUUCCACCAAAGCUGAGUCAGCUGUACCUCGACCACAACCACAUCUCUUCUGUCCCCGUGGAUUUUGUGAAGAAGCGGCCUGAGCUGCGCUUUAUGCGCCUCUCACACAAUCGGCUCACAGACGCUGGAAUCCCACCCAAUACUUUUAAUGUGAGCACGCUCAUGGAGCUGGACCUGUCCUACAACAAGUUGGAAAAGAUUCCAACCGUCAGCACACGUCUGCAGGUCCUCUACCUUCAGGCAAAUUGCAUCAAAGAGUUCUCAGUCAGCAGUUUCUGUCGAGUUAUAAACAUGGCCAACUACUCAAACCUGCGUGUUUUGCGGCUGGAAGCGAACAAGAUCAACUCUCACGAUGUGCCCCCUGAGGCUCUGCUCUGCCUGCGCAAAGCCACAAGCAUCAACCUAUAGGCCUGAAAUGAGACCUGAUGAGAAAUGAUGUCAUGCUGACAUCAACACCUGAACAAUAUAACCAAACUAGUCAACAUUUUACUUUAAGACCAGGGUUAAAGUUAAGGACAGUGAUUAUUAACAGUCAUGCUAAUAGCAUGAAUUUAACUCAAUUAAAUAACACAGUCAAGUAAAGCAUGAAUAUAACCUCCAUACAUCAUUUUAAAUAAAGUUGAGUAAAAUAUACUCAUUGGAAUUUACUAGAACAGUCAUAUUUGAACAAACUUUAACACAUUUACUGGAUAGUCAUGUGAAAGUCCACACAGCGGGGAUGAACUUUGACAUACUCGGUUUCUUUUCUUGCCCAACACAUUUCUGCAUUCAAGGAAGUGAGACCUGUGUCACACUUUGGUGAUCAAGGGAUGAUCUGACGUAAUGCCGGUUUUACAAAAAGCACCAGCGAGUUGUACAGCAUUUAGUGCUCUGUUCAAAUAUUAACUUUAGCUCUUGAAUAAACAGUGAAACUUGAAUUGUUUUGUUUGCCAUCACGUCUUACAUUUCAUUGUGCAAUCCCUUUGUCUUUCAUCUCAAAAUAGAACAGAAUCAACUCAAAACAAUGCAACUUUGUGAG